UAGAAGAGACAAACUCACCUCUCACUGAUGCAUGUGCACACUGACAUUUUGAACUCAUUGGACAUCCAGGCCCCGAUGAGAGACAACACCUGAGCGCAAGGCCACGUUUGGAUUAUCCAAACUACUGGAGCACCUGUCCUGCAGCUCAAGUCAUCUGGACAAUGCUGCAGGCCCUCAGACGGACCAUCCUCAAUGCAAACUGGCAAAACAAAGAGCUGGCAGCAGAAAACGCUGCUCUGAAAGAAGAGGCAGCGAGGAAGUACGUUUGCUGGGAGGCAGAGAGAAAGAAGCUGCUGGAUGAGUCAGAAAGAGCGGCAAAGAAAAAGUUGGAUGAGGAGCACAAAGAGAUGGAAGAACACAAGAGAAAGUUGAAGAGAGAAGUCCAGUCCUUCAAGGCCUGUGUUUACAAUAAGCCGAGACGGAGAAGAUCCAAGUCCAGUGGAUGGCAGAGUAUGCCAGAGUCAAGGACAUGGAGGAUGCCUUUGACAAGAGCAUUAUCCAGUUCACUGCAGCGUGGGAGAGCCGGCUGACUGCCAGGGAGGAUAGGGCAGACGCCGAGGUCAAAGGUUGCAGGAGAGCUGUGAAGAGAGGGUGAAGCACAUUAGCCAGGAACAAGGGGAAGCCAUCGCCAGUGCCUGGGCCGAAAACAUGGUCCUGGUCGACAAAAACCUUAAGUAUUUGGCCACCAUAAAAUCUGCUGAGGCUGAGAUCCAGCUCAAAGAGAAUCAGUGGCAGAAUGACAUCAGGGCCCUGGAGGAGAAGCUCAGGUGGGAGAUGUCAAGAAAGGAGGAGCAGAACAAACAAACGGAGGCGAGCUGGCUCACCAAGAAGGAGGACUGGAUGAAGAAGGCCAGCGGUAUGGAGGAGGAGAUCCAGCGCCUCAUCUUGCAGAAUGUGGAGCUGCAGGAGCUGGCAUUUAUGGCGGACAAAGACAAAGGCCAACAUGAGAAAGAAGGAGGAAGAGAGGCUGAAGAGGGAGAUGAAGGAGAGGAAAUGGCAGGAGAAGAAAGAGAGGAUGGAAAGAGAGAAGAAAGACAAGGAGGAGAUGAAGGAGAAGAAGGGGCAAGAAAAGAUGGAGAGGAAGGAGAGGAAGAAGAGAGACGGGAAGGAAAGCGAUAAAGAAAGGAAAGAGAGCAGAGAGGUGACAUCCCUUUCCCUUUAACCCGUCCAACCCUCUCCCUCACCCACCUCCCAACCCCAACACCCCCCCCUUUACCCCUCUAUCCUCUUUACCCCCUUCACCCCUCCUUAUCCUCUCUAUCAUCUUUACCCCCUUCACCUCUUCUUAUCCCCUCUCCCAUCUUUCUUCUCCUUCA